UUACGAAAGUAUCAAGGCAUGUCAUAGAGGCAGGGACGGGUCAGAGGGCUGCUUUUGCGCCAAUUGAAAUCUUGUCAACCGAAGACGGGAAGCUAGGACCACGCCUAAGCGGAGUUUGGACAUUCAUCCCACGCUCUAGCACUCUUUCCCCAGAUUGUGCGCGCCGACCGUGAAUCGCUCACUCAACAGCGGCCAUCUCUCUUCUCUUCCCCUCGGCCACCUCAUUACCUCCCACCACUACCGCCAACAUGUCUGCUGCCGAUGCGAAGCCAUUGCCUUUCGUCUACCAGUUCGCGGCUGGUGCCGUAGCUGGUGUGUCAGAAGUGAGUGCGCAACCGUUUACGAAGCUCGCGUAUCCGCUGGACGUCGUCAAGACCCGGAUACAACUUCAGACCUCUGGCAAGGUGGUCGGUGACGAGGGCUACAAUGGCAUGAUGGACUGCUUCAGGAAGAUCAUCAAGAAUGAGGGUGCUUCGAGAUUGUACCGCGGUAUCACCGCGCCUAUCCUUAUGGAAGCUCCCAAGAGAGCCACCAAGUUCGCAGCCAACGACUCAUGGGGUUCCUUCUACCGCAAUCUGUUCGGUCAGGCCAAGAUGAACCAGUCGCUCUCCAUCCUCACCGGCGCAACCGCAGGUGCCACCGAAGCCUUCGUCGUCGUACCCUUUGAGCUCGUCAAGAUCCGGUUACAAGACAGGGCUCAAGCCCACAAGUACAACGGCAUGGUGGAUUGUGUCACCAAGAUUGUCAAGCAGGAAGGACCGCUCACCCUUUACCAGGGUCUCGAGUCGACCAUGUGGAGGCACAUCCUGUGGAACGCUGGAUACUUUGGCUGCAUCUUCCAGGUCCGCGCUCUCUUGCCCACAGCAACCACCAAGAAGAGCCAAAUCACCAACGACCUCAUGUCCGGUGCUAUCGGUGGCACUGUCGGUACUAUCCUCAAUACUCCCAUGGACGUCGUCAAGUCGCGUAUUCAGAACUCCCCCAAGGUCGCGGGAUCAGUACCCAAGUACAACUGGGCAUGGCCGGCUCUCGGUACGGUCAUGAAGGAGGAGGGCUUCGCAGCACUUUACAAGGGAUUCACACCCAAGGUUCUGAGAUUGGGACCUGGAGGCGGUAUCUUGCUGGUCGUGUUCACCGGUGUCAUGGACUUCUUCCGCAACAUGCGCGACGGCAAAUAA